AGCAAAAUGAAAGCUCAAACCCUUUUAGCAAAGCUGCGCAUUUUAUACCUACCCUUUGUCCUUCUCGGCCUCUCUUCUCAAUUCUUGCCAGAAAAGAAACGAAAAGAAAAGGGAAAUCUCAAUGCCUUGCUAAGCGAAAUUUGAGACUGCAAAUUCACACAUGCAGCUCUAUUUGUUCAUUUCUCUCUCUCUUUUCUUCACUUAUGGCCAUUCCAAAACAGAUAUCUCUCUUGGGUACCAGCUCACUGUGGCAGUGCCUAUUGAAUACAGUUUGGGAUUCAUUGGGAGAGCUUUUUUGAUGGAGACAAAUGAAAUCACACCAACUUUUAAAACUGCAUUGAGUGUUGAAGCUGUGAAUGACAAAUACUCAUGCUCCUUAGAAGUCUUUCUUGGAGAUGUCAAGGUUUGGAACUCUGGUCAUUACUCAAAGUUUUAUACUUCAAAUAUAUGCGUCCUUCAACUUACCCAAGAUGGAGAUUUGAAGUUGAAGGGUCCAAAAGACAGAGUCGGAUGGAGAACUGGGACUUCUGGACAAGGUGUGCAGAGGUUAGAGAUAUUAAGGACAGGAAAUUUAGUUCUGCUAGAUGGGUUGGGCAAUAUCAAGUGGCAGAGUUUUAAUUUUCCAACUGAUGUAAUGCUUUGGGGUCAGAGACUAAGUGUGGCUUCUAGGUUGAUUUCAUUUCCAACCAACUCCACUUCAUACUACUCACUUGAAAUUGAACAGAGCAGGAUUGCUCUCUACUUGAAUUCUGGUAAGUGGAACUAUUCCUAUUGGGAAUUUAAGCCUACCAAGAACAGAAACAUCGCUUAUGUUCAACUGGGUCGCAAGGGUUUGGAGUUAUUCAAUGACAAACUAAAGAAAAUUGCGCAGAUUCAUCCAUCUGAUCAUCAAACAGUUCAGUUUGGUCAGCCCCUGAGGUUCUUAGCAUUGGGGAACAGAACAGGAAAUUUGAAGCUAUAUUUUUACUCACCCAGCAUUGCUAAAUUUGAUGUUGCUUUUCAAGCACUCAACACCACAUGUGAUCUUCCAUUGGCUUGUAAGCCUUAUGGGAUUUGCACCUUGUCCAGUGCUUGUUCAUGCAUUCAAGUUUUGAUAGCUGAAAAUGAGACCAGUAUAAGUGGUAAUUCUGAUUGCAGUCAAGGAAUUUCAGGUGUUUGUGGCAAUGGCAAGACUAAAGCAGAGAUGCUUGAAUUAAAGGGUGUUGGUAGUGUUUUGAGGGGUGCUCCUAAAAUAGUUAAUGUGAGCAAAGAAGCAUGUGCUAAUUUGUGCUUAGAAGACUGUAAUUGUACAUCUGCAUUGUAUUCAACUGCAAAAGGAGGCAUGGAAGUAGAAGAGUGCUUUCUUUAUGGAAUGGUAAUUGGGGUUAAACAGGUUGAAAGGGGAAGUGGAUUAAGCUACAUGGUUAAGGUUCGAAAAGGAGCUCAUGGGGGCCAUGGAAAGUCCAAUUUGAAAAGGUGGGUUUUGGUCCUGGUGGGUGUGGUUGAUGGGUUGAUUAUUCUUCUGGUUUUUGGAGGCCUUGGCUACUACUUGAUAAAGAAGAGAAGAAAACAGACAUUGCCUAAUGGCCAUAACAAUUGACUGUAUUUGUUACCAGGUUUUCUUGUCAGUCAGAUUUCAAGGCCAUGAUACAAUUUUUUAUUUUUUUUAUUUUUAUCUUUUCCGAAUUCAAGUUGGAAAAGAAAGGAAAACACACUUUUGGUUGUUUUUGAAAUGUUCAUAAGAGAAACAAUGUGAUUUUGUUCAAACACUAGAAUUUGCAAUUCAACAGCUAAAACCAAUUUUUGGUUUGUACUUUGUUUUCUGGGUUAGGCAAUUUCUCAAGGAUUCGACUCAAAAAGUUGCGUUAUGUAGGAGAAAAGACAUUGUCCAAACACAAGUAACAUACCGAGA